AGCCGGGCUUCUGUUUCCGGGUCGGAGCCAUGGCGGUGGCAAAUUCAAGCCCUGUCAACCCCGUGGUUUUCUUUGACGUUAGCAUUGGCGGUCAGGAAGUUGGACGCAUGAAGAUCGAACUGUUUGCAGACGUCGUGCCUAAAACCGCCGAGAACUUUAGGCAGUUCUGCACUGGAGAAUUCAGAAAAGAUGGGGUCCCAAUAGGAUACAAAGGGAGCACUUUCCACAGGGUCAUAAAGGAUUUCAUGAUUCAGGGUGGAGAUUUUGUUAAUGGAGAUGGUACUGGAGUUGCCAGUAUUUAUCGGGGGCCAUUUGCAGAUGAAAAUUUUAAACUUAGACAUUCAGCGCCAGGCCUGCUUUCCAUGGCAAACAGUGGUCCUAGUACAAAUGGCUGUCAGUUCUUUAUCACCUGCUCCAAGUGUGAUUGGCUGGAUGGGAAACAUGUAGUGUUUGGAAAAAUCAUUGAUGGACUUCUAGUGAUGAGAAAGAUUGAGAAUGUCCCCACGGGCCCCAACAAUAAGCCUAAGCUGCCUGUGGUGAUCUCACAGUGUGGGGAGAUGUAGUCCAGAUGCAGACUGAAUCAGUAUAGUGAACUCCCUGGCAAUAAACAGUGUGUGGACUUUUAUUUUUCUGUACUCCUGGGACUAAAACCUGCAAAACAGAAGGAUUGGUCUUUGUUCUGAAGAUCCACAAAGAGCUGUGACUAAAAAAGACAUAGACCUUGGAGCCAGUUAAGCAGACCAAGAAGCCCUACCACUAUCUUAACUUGGUGAUCUUAGUCAAGCCUCUAAACCUUUUGGGAUUCUAGUUUGCUUCUUUGCAUAGAGAUAAUACAUACUGUACAGAAUUGUGAAGGGUGAUUAAUAAAUGAGACAAUAUACUUGGUCACAAGUGUUGCUUCAUGGUUCUUGUGUAACGUCUCCACUUGGCUCUGGGGAAUCAAAGGUCUGACCUCUGGUGAGAGUGAGACCAGUUCUACUCUGGGGAAAAGAGGAUUGGGAGUGUAGUAGAGAGGUGAGAACACUGUCUCUCAUGAAAUGUCUCCUUGUGGUUCCCUUGAUCUGCUUAUCUCUUUGUCCCCCACAUUGACCUC